AUGCAUGCAAUUGAGUCGAUCAGUUCGUCAGAUGGAAAGUCAGAGAUUGGAAACGUUACUGACAGUGAUGAUGAUGAUGAUACUUGGGAUGCUUCUACCCCAUUAGAUACCGACACCAUCUCACCUGAUGGGAUUGUAGAAUCUCCAGCAAGCCCGGACCUCGAGGCUCCAGAGGGUUCAGCGGCUGGGAAGAAGGGGAUUGUAGACUUUCCCGCAAGCCCGGAUCACGAGUCUCCAGAGAGCUCAGCACCCGAGGAGAAAGGACUUGUAGACUCUCCAGCAAGCCCAGAUCCAGAGUCUCUGGAGAGCGCAGCACCUGAGGACUCUCAUUCAAUGGAGAUGGAUCCACCUGACUCUACUAUAUCAGAGGUAGCACCAGUGAUUCUAGCGAAUGUUGGGGCUGCAACACCACCUAUCUCAGCGAAUGACACAGAACCAUUUGUUCGAGUGGGGGAAGUUGUUUGCCCACCAGCAGACGAAGCGGAACCUAUUCGAAUUUUCAUACCCGAAGAAUGGGAAGGUGUGAUGCCGGAAAGGGCUAUGAAGAAAAAGCGGAGAGAAAUCAUUAAUCGCCAUUAUCAAGUUGGUGGAACUUUUGUGACAAUGGGAGAUGUUCGAGCCAAGCUGAUCUUCUGUCCUCAUGGAAAUAUUUACUUUCGACCAAUGGGAUCAUUUACACAUCCCAAACGAUUAUUAACCAAUAUUAAAAUCUAUCCAGAGUUGUAAUGUCCGGGGGAGAUUGAUUUUGAAAAAGUGUCUUCUACAAUCUGACAACUAAACAAUGAAAAAUUUUAUUACUUGCGUU